UUUCUUUAAAUAGCAAAAACUGACUGCCAAAAGUAGUAGGGGGUGGAGUGUGGUGUGUGCCGCUGAGCGAUGGUCGUGCCAUCUGUAAACAUUUGCCAAAACAAUAACAAAUACAAAAAUAACUAUUUCUCUUCUCCUUUUGUAAGUAAUUAUGGACUAACACUAGCUAAACAUGCAUGUGGUUGUGGCACACCCUCGUGGCCGACGGGUGAGAUAUGACAUAUUGUGUGCUAACUAAAAAAAAGACCAUAAUAAGGCCAGCUCCAGCAGACGCCUUUCUUGACGAAAAAUAGCCUCCAGCCAAAUAGUGGCAGCAGUCACGACAAGUUGGCCUCCAGUCUACCCCUGUUUUAAAGUUGAUCGUGUUUGUAACCUACAACCAUGCCUAAAAAGAAGUCAGUCAACCCCCGUUUAUCCGGACAACGCCGUUCCCGAGGAAAUCGUCCGGAUAACGAGUUGACCGGAUUUCUGAAAAUGACUGCUGUUACUAACAACAGCAGCCUGGCGGCUGAUUUUAAGCCGGGUACGGGGGGUUCUCCCGACUCCCCAAAUCACCCCAAGAAAAAGAGGCGCACCUCAAACCCACCGCCCUCAGCACAGGGUCCUCCAUCUACUCCACCCAGUCAUGAACUAGUACCUCCCCCACUCUCAGCAUUUCAUUCAGUUGAGGCUCCAUUCUGCUAUGGAGAUACUAUUGUGGCAUCAAAUCCUUUUGAUGAUUCUCCAUCGGUCUCAGCUCCAUCCUCCACCAGCAUGGGGCCUGGGCCUGGACCAGGGCCAGGACCUGGACCAGGACCUAUUAACCAUGGUCCAAUGGGUCCAAUGAGCAUGCCAUAUAUGACUAAUAUGAAUAUGAAAAGUAUGGGCAUGGGAGGACCCAUGAACGGUCCAAUGGGGGGCCCAAUGAAUGGUCCAAUGGGUCCAGGAGGGCCAAUGGGUCCAGGUGGCCCUAUGAAUGGACCAAUGAGUGGACCCAUGGGACCAGGUGGACCAAUGAAUGGUCCCAUGAAUGGUCCCAUGAAUGGUCCUAUGAGUGGUCCCAUGAAUGGUCCCAUGAGUGGUCCUAUGAAUGGUCCAAUGAAUGGUCCAAUGAAUGGUCCAAUGAAUGGCCCAAUGAAUGGCCCAAUGAGUGGUCCAAUGAAUGGUCCAAUGAAUGGUCCUAUGAAUGGUCCUAUGAAUGGCCCUAUGAAUGGUCCCAUGAAUGGUCCCAUGAAUGGUCCCAUGAAUGGCCCAAUGUCAGGUCCAAUGAGCAUGAGCAACAUGAAUGGCAUGAACAUGAGCACUUCUAUGUCUGGACCUGGUAUGCCCAUGACCACUAUGAGCCAGAUGACCAGCAUGGCAGGCAUGAAUGGCCCCAUGCCACCCAUGAAUGGACCUGAAAUGAAUAAUGGCCAAGGCCCUAACAUGGGGCCAAAACCAAUGCCCGUCAGCUCAGGCAAGGUUUACCCGCCCGACCAGCCGAUGGUCUUCAACCCUCAAAACCCCAAUGCUCCGCCCAUCUACCCAUGUGGGAUCUGUCACAAGGAAGUGCACGACAAUGACCAGGCCAUCCUCUGUGAGUCUGGCUGUAACUUCUGGUUUCACAGAGUAUGUACGGGACUGACGGAGGGAGCAUACCAUCUGCUGACUGGGGAAGUGUAUGGAGAAUGGGUGUGUGACAAGUGCCUCAAUUCAAAAAAUAUCCCGUUAGUUAAGUUUAAACCAUGAGGGCGUGUCAUGGAUAUGUAAAGAGAUCAGUGAGAUGAGCACAUUUUAACAGAAAGAUCAACUUCAUAAAAAGUUGUAUUCAGAAUUUUAAGUCUUCCUCAAGCCUCUACUUCAGCUCAUCUUUGCUGAUCCCUUCACAUAUACCACAAUGAGUCUACGUUUUGUUGGUUAUGUUCAAAGUUCAUAUGACAUUUUCAGUUAUCUGUACUUUAAAACUCCUAGGGUCUUAGGCCAACUACAUGAUUACAGUAUUUGUUAAUAAUGUAGAUGGCAACCCAGUUCAAGUUGCCAUAACAGUGACUGAGUACCUGUCAUCAUAACAGAUUACUUCAGCAGUAUAAGACUGGUCCUAAUAAACCAUCAGUAUCAAGAACCAGUGACUUAUGUCUCCUGAAAUCUUACAGCAUAUCCAGAUUUAUCCAGACUGCCUCACUUUUUUCUUGUUUUGUGCAAAGUUGGUUUGUCUUGUCCUAAACAGCCAGAGGUGUUGUGGUAGAAGGAUGGUGUGUUGUUUGUGGCUGAUACGUGUUUACACUCAAUUAUACCUUUACUUUCUAUUGACCAGACCUCUCUUGAAUCCUUUGACUCACUUGUUGACAAGAAGUCGCCAUAAAAUAAAUACAGGCAUCCCUCGUUUAGGGUAGCUAAUGCGUUCCUGAACAGUGGCUUCUUAAACGAAAAUGCACAAAGCAAAAUGUGUAUUCCCAUUGGAAAAAAAAAUCUGACCUGUAAGCUUUUAAGUCAUGUUUUAUGAUGUCAGUUAGAGACUCUAACAUAAGAGUACAGUAUACAAAUCAUUUUAAAGAAACUGUACUUAAGGAAAUUUUUUUUUUUUA